CUGCGCACCACCCAACCACUUCCUUUCUACACAACCAUCAUGGGCGGAUCACGCGGCGACGACCUCCUCGCAAAGGCGGAGAAGAAAGCUUCGUCCUCAACCGGCUGGUUCUCCUCCUCCUCCACUAAGUGGGAGGAGGCUGCUGACCUGUUCCAGCAGGCGGGCAACGCCUACAAGGUCGACGGGGCAUGGGCUCAGAGUGGCAAGGCGUUCGAGAAGGAGGCAGGGUGCCGGAUAAAGGCGGACGAGAAGAACGAUGCGAUGAAUGCGUUCCACAACGCCGCCAAGAGCUACAAGAAAGUGGAUCCGGCGGCCGCGGUCAACGCGCUCCAUCAGACUAUCAAGCUUGUGCUUGACGCUGGCAACUUCCGGCAAGCAGCGGACCGCGAGAAGGAGAUCGCGCAGAUCUACGCUCAGGACGGGCUUGACAUCGCGAAGGCGCGAGACAGCUACCAGCGCGCGGGCGACUGGUACAAGCAGGAGGACGCCAAUGCAACGGCAAACCAGUGCUACCAGAACGCGGCCGAGUUGAGUGCCGACCUCGGCGACUACCAGCGCGCCGUGCAGCUGUACACGACGGUGGCCGACUGGUCGCUCACAUCCCCAUUGACCAAGUACAGCGUCAAGGAGUACUGGCUGCGGGCGGUCAUGUGCAGCAUUGCGAUGGGUGACCUCGUGCUUGCGCAGCGCAACCUCAACGACUUUUCGCAGAAGGACCUCACCUUCCCCUCCACGCGCGAGGCCAAGUUCGCCAAGGAGCUCGUGGACGCGUGCGAGGAGGCCGACGUCGAGCGCUUCACCGCUGCCGUGUACCAGUACGACCAGGUCACCAAGCUCGACAACUGGAAGACCAAGAUUCUGUUGCACGUCAAGAAGGCGCUCGAGGAGGACGAGGGUGGUCUGACCUAGCCUGAUAGACUAGAGUAAUCACGAUGUAACUGUAUCGGGGUGUG